AAACUGAAUCAUCAAUGAAAUCGUAAUAGUCAUAUUUCUUGUAUUAAUCAAUUAUUUUUUAUCAAUCGAUAUUGCCUAUUGAGAUUUUUUUUCAUAUUAUUUUCAUAAAAAUGAAUCAUCGUUCUAUUAUUGUGUUAACCUUGCUAUUGUGUAUGAAAUUCUUGCAUUCCUAUGGACAAUAUCCUAAUACUAUUUAUGAAGCUUCAAAUAAUGAUGAUGAUAAUUAUGAAUACGAUGAUAAUGCCCGAUACGGUACCGAUGAAGAUGAUUACAUGUCUGAAGACGAACCGAUAGCGGACAAACGUAGGUCGGUUCGGCCAUUACGAUUGGAUAAUGAUCUUUUGCAAGAACAUUUAUACAAUUUUAAAUCAAACGUUCUGAAUGGAUCAAAUGUUUCAACAUUAAAAAAUAAAAAUUUUACCUGGAUUUUAUUGAAAAAUUAUAAAAACGACAACGAUCAAAUUAUUACCAAAGAACUAAAGCCUGCACCAAAAUUUCAAUCAAAUCUUAAAGAUGGUAAUAAAAAGACAACCGAAUGGAUUGAUUUAGCCGGUGGUAUUCAAUCGGAUCAACCAUCAAUGAAUGCUGACAAUCAAACAUCCGUUCCUAACGACAAUGAUGAGGGUGAAGAUGUAUUGAAAAAAGAUGAUGAAGAAAAAAAAAGAAAUCAGCAAUUGAAUCCACCAUAUGAUGAUCGAAAAAUUGCAAAUGCUAAAUUAUAUCCUGCCGAUAAGAAUAAUGGUAAUCAACAUGUUGCUGUUAGUAAUAAAACAGAAGGAACUGUUAGUCUCAGUAAUAAUCAGCCAAUAUUCUCAAAUCCAUAUCGGCAUUCGAUGUAUACCGGUGUUGUCAAUCAGCCAUAUUAUCCGAGAAUUCAACAAUCGAAUCGACCAUAUUAUAAUCAGCUACAAUCAGGUAGUAAUCAACAGCCCUAUUAUUCAUAUAAUCCAAAUAUUUCAGUUGUCGAUACGAAACGUGAUUGGACUUGUCAAAUGUCAUCAUACAACAAUUGUUCGAUGAUUAAUGAUCCACAAAUUGGACCUUUAUUUCAGCUUAAUAGUUAUAAUUAUUUUCCUUAUCAAUCGACAUCGAAACCAGAAUGGUAUCUAGUAUUGAAUACAACUACAUUUCCUGUAAAUAAAGUUGGUGCACGUUUGAUCACACCAUACCUGCCACAUAAUCGAGCUUCAAAAGGUUGCCUUACAUUGAACUUCAUAACCACCGGUAAUGAACUUGAAAAAAUAAUGAUCCAUCAACAGGACAUUGAUGACACUUGCAUUUAUUCUGGUUCACUUUCAUCUCCACUCAAUAGUCCUUCAAUAGAUUCUGGUGCUCGAAUGAUUCCGCAACAAUCCGAACGCUUAAUUGAACAUAUUGUCGAGCUUACCGUUAAUCUUCGCCAAAGUGAUCCACGUUUCUUCAUUGAAGUCUAUUUGAAACGUUUGACAACACGACGAAGUAGUUUUGCUUUAUCAAAAAUGAAUCUAGCUUAUAAUCAAUCAUGUCGAAAUGAUCAAUCGAACAAUUGUUUUCCAGCUGCUUAUCCAAGUGGCGGUGCCGCUAAUGUUAAUCGACCGAACAAACGAGAUCAAAUACCUGUUGAACCUUGAACUUUCAUUAUAAUUACAAUUGAUGUGUAAUUUAUUUCAAUCAUUUUGCUUAAAGCUUAUUUUCGGAAUUAAAUUUAACAAUAAUUGAAUAAUUUGA